AUGUGGAACAAUUCAAAUAAAGUUGAGAAAUUAAUGAUCAAGUUAGAUGAUAUUGAUACUUUACCUGUAAUUUUAGAUAAUGGUGCUGAUGUUAAAUUUAUUCAUCAAAAGGUGGUUGAGGAAUUUAAAUUAGAUACAGUUGCAUGUGAUCCUUUCGCUGUUUGUAGUGUGGAAAAUUGUUGGAACUGCUAUAUUGAGCCACUAUUAGUAAAAAAAAUUAGUGAAUUUCCAACAGGAGUAGAUAUCAUAUUACCAGGUACAUUCAUAGACGUUGAUUAUUUUUUGCAAGAUAAAGGAGAAGUUGUUGAAGACAAAGAAGAAGCAAGUGCAUUAAUAUCUGAAAAACUUUUAAAAGUUGGUAAUAAAGAAAAAUUUAAAUUUGAUGAAGAAGCUAAUGCGAUCUUCCAGUUCAAGAAUAUUGAUUCAUUUUUCAAACAUGAGAUUUGGUUAAAGGAUAAAUCUAAAGCACCGAUGUUCGAUCCAUAUAAAGUUGCAAAUCAUCUAAAAACUGAAAUGGAUAAACAAAUGGAUGAAUUAUUAGAUGCUUGUUACAUUAGAUAUAGUCAAAGUGCAUUUUCAAGUCCUAGUUUCUUUGUUCCUAAACCAAACAAUAAAUUUGGAUUAGUUAUUGACUAUAGAUAG